AUGCCUCUCAACAGCAGCCCUAUUCCCGGCUUCUCAGCAGAGCAAGUCCGCUCCAUUACCAAGCUCAUAGAAGACGUGCUCGACAAGGCACUUGACAAGCGAUUUGGACCACUGCAGCCACAGCAAAAGCAAGCAGCCAUUCCGCCAAAGCCGGCACAGCCACCGAAGCAGGAACAAGAGCAUAGGCCACUACCACGGGCAAAUACGGAGAAAACUGCGAAGAAGAACAAGAGCACGGGCAGCAGCAGUCCUAUUCAAGCGGGCACACUCUCCACAAUUCCACGCCAGGCCACUAUGCAUAAGUGCGGAGAGCCUUCCCCUCGCCUCAGCAAUACACCAGUUUUCGCCACCCCUCUCGCCUCUCUUCUUACCUCUCUUCUCGCUCUCGCCUCUCCGCUCGACUACACUCGAUUUGCGAAGGAUAUGGAGGCUAUAGGCCAAGGAUAG